GACGGCUUUGGCUCCAAGAGCAGCGAUGCGCCGAGCUUUCUGCAACCCACCCUCAGACCCGAACCGAGCUUCUUCAGCGACGCCUUUCGUCUUCAAUUCUUGUUUCAGGUGCUCUUGAGCUUUCUUUUCGCCGAUCAGCCGGGUGACUCUCUGGCAUCACCCGUCAAUUCUUUGCUUGGGUUGGCCCUGUGGAGGCGACUCGGCGGAGAACGAACGGUCCACAAUGGCGGUACCAAAGAUCUUCGUCAUUGGUAGUGUCAAUGGCAAACUACAGCCAGCCUUCUCUAAGCUUGCAGCCCUCCAUGCGAAGAACGACUUCUCCUUUGCCUUGAUCGUUGGGGACCUCUUUGGUACCGAAGACGAUGACGCCGUCACCGAUCUGCUCUCUGGAAAGAUACAAGUGCCCCUGCCUACCUACUUCACUGUAGGAACCCAUGCACUCCCCGCUCGGGUCGUCGAGAAGAUCACGAAAGAGGAGGAGAUCUGCCCCAACCUGCACUACUUGAACAAGCGUGGAGUUACCAAGACUUCUGAGGGUGUCCGCAUCGCAACUUUAGGCGGCAUACUGGAUCCGGAGAUUGUCGCUGGCCAAUCUCAAGAACAGCACCUCCCCUUCCACACGUCAGACGACGCCAAGGCAUUGCGCGGCGUCAACAGCACAGAUAUUCUGCUCACUGCCAUGUGGCCGUCUGCAGUAUGGAACGGAUCUAAGGUCGCACUUCCCUCUGAUAUGUCCAGCGUCGUCACGAGCGCUGCUAUUGCUGAUCUAUCUGCGACCCUGAAACCUCGAUACCACUUCGCCUCUUCUCACGCUUCCUUCUUCUACGAGCGAGAGCCCUUCUUCCACCCACCCAAGGAUUCUUCCGCAGAGAUCGACACCGAGGUCACACGCUUCAUCUCCAUGGCGCCAUACGGCAACCCCGAUAAAGCGAAAGCAAUGUACGCAUUCUCGCUGACGCCGUCGACGGGGACACUUCCGCAAGGUAGUACCGUGUCACCAUUCCUUAGUCGGGCUAAUGCUCCCAAGAAGCGACCGGCCCCAUCAGACGAAGGCUUCUCGCGCUUCGCCAACGGUCACCAAGGCGACAACUACAGAUCCAAACGCUCCCGCCGAAUGCCCCCUCCGGGUCCCGAGAAUUGUUGGCUUUGCCUCGCCAGCGAGAUAGUGGCGACCCACAUGAUCUGCUCCAUCGGGGAUGACACUUACCUUGCUACUGCCAGGGGCCCCCUGCCGACGCCAGACAUGUUCGCAGAGCACGGCCUUGAGCACCCAUCACACAUGCUUAUUGCGCCGCAGGAGCACGUCUCCUCCAUUAGCCGCGCUGCCAUGGGCCAGGACUCAGCCGACCGCACGUUCAAGGAGAUGUCACGCUUCCGCGAGGCUCUCCAGGCAACGGUCUCCAAGAAGUCUAACCACAAGCUCGGGGCUAUCACGUGGGAAAUCAACAAGAUCGGAGGCAUCCACGCACACUGGCAGUUCAUGCCCAUCCCGGCAGACCUGGUCAAGAAGGGCCUGGUCGAGGCCGCAUUCCGCGUGGAAGCGGAGAACCUGAGCCUCCCCGGCCUCGUAGCCAAGGACUUUGGCAUCAGCGACGAGGUGCCAGGUGACUACAUCCGCGUCUGGAUCUGGGCCGAGGACGCAGGCGACGGCGCCGGGGACGAGGGCGGGGCGAUCAUUAGCAAGACCCUCCUGAUGCGGUUCGACGAGAACGUCCGUUUCGACCUGCAGUACCCCCGCAAGGUGGCCGCGAAGCUGAUGGGUCUCGAGGGCCGGAUGAACUGGCGGGACUUUCAGCAGACAGAGGAGGAGGAGACAGACGAUGCGGCCAGGUUUAGGGAGCUGUUCAAGCCGUGGGACUUCACGCUGGGGGAUGACUAGAAGUCUUCCGCCCCGGGAUUUGGACAUGUCAGUAUUGCAGCUCCGGUAGCGAAGGAGGAUACCGCGAUGGUCGAUGUCAGCGGCCAAGAGGACACACCUCUGGUACGAUCACCAGUGGAGACCACCGAGCCCAAGACGCCGCCGCCGCACACGCCGCGGCCGAGUCAGCCAGAUGGCCCUUGUGCACCGCACAGGUACGGCGCGCGCUCGCGGUCCAGCCACCCGAGCGUCUGUGGGCGGCGACUACGCCGAUACUCCCUCCAAUAGCCUCAGGGCUAGGCUCACUCACCCUUGGUGCCGAGAGAGAGGCCCGCUGAGAUGAGAGAUUGCGUUGAUUUGUGGGGGUCAUCUGACUAUUUUCUGGGAUCCGGGCAUGGCAGUUUAAGGGACGGCAUGCUUUCGUUCCAUUGAUUUUGGAAGUGCUGAAGAAAGAUACCCUUGCAUAAUAAUGCCCUCUUGAGAGAAGGUAGAGGCCACAGCUCGCUGCUUAAAUACAUCCAUAGCAGCACAUUAUGAAGCAAUAACUUAUUCACCCA